UGCUUAUAGCGGGAGAGUGCUUCGGACAUUCCGACGUCAUCUAGAAGAAGGAAAGGCAUUUUCUGAGAGGAGAAUGCAGUUGCUUGACUUGUAUCCAAAAAGUCAAACAUUUUGGUGAGUUGGGGGGGGGGUGAAGGGUUUCAUUUCGAGCCUGUUGCUGCUGCUUCGACACAAAAGGGAACAAACAAACGUCCGAGAUACUCCAACGCCUUGUCUCCUCAAAUAGUUUUGUUGAACAAAAUGUGGCCGAUUUUGACAAACGAUCGACAUUACAUAAGGUUUAAUCCGAUGUUUAUCGUGUCUUUUCCGUACUGCUUGUAUAAUCCCGUUGCGUUACCUAACAAACAUUUCAGAAAGCGAAACAGCUUUGUACAUUCGACGUGUAGUGUGCUUUUCGUGUUUUCUGCCUUGCCUUCUCUAUGAGGAAAUUGCGGAAAGCACAAAGGCGAAGACAAGUCGGUCACUGACGUCACUCAUCUGGCAACAAGAGUGAACGCGUCCGUCUCUCUCGUCGCUGAUUGGCCGGGGCCGACCAAGCUCGCGACGUGAUUGGUCGGAGGCGGCCUGCCAUCAGCAACAGGGACGAGCUGAGGGCGACAUUUUGUAGCAAAUCAGACGCAGACGGAAAAGAAGACGAGAGUGAAAGGAGGCGAUAGCUUCACGGAGUUUUGUUUUCCCAUCAACUUGGGUCACCACCAACCGAAUUUGUGGGGAAUACGAAAGAGGGAUAUCUGUUUCGCCGAAACAACGAACCGGACGAAAGGCUUCGACGAUCGAGCCUGAAGAAGUCGGUCCCGCGGCUUCGUGGUGUAUCGUGUGCGCCGAGGUGAAUUCAUGUUCAGCUCGGCUCCGCGACCAAGCGACGCCCAUUGGCACUCGACGACCGCCAGCCCGGCACACUCGACGGGACCAACACCGCUUGGUAGCAGCAGUAGUCGACCCGACGACGGCGACGACAUCAUUGGUGUCGGCUGUUGUUCUCGGAGACGGAGGACGCUGUCAAAAAAAGGCGCAAGGGAGACGAAAAGGACGAAGAAGAGGGAUCUCUUCCUGGCCAACUUGGUGGCAACAAAGAGGUGACAAUCAAAGUGAAGUAUCAUGGGAGGAGGAGGCGGAGAGCGGUGCGGCAACAUUCCGGGCCCCCACCAUGAGCGCCCCAAGAAGAAGAACCAGCAGCUGGGCCGAAGCAAGCAGAGGGGCCGCGACCAGAACGGCAACGUGACGUCGGCCGCGGGGCCUGGCGUCCUCCACCACCACCACCGCCGCNNCAACGACAAGGGCGACCUGGUGUACCAAUGCUCCCCGGAGGCACGGCAGGCCGAGGCGGCCGCUUCCAUCGCCCGCCUGGCCGCCGCUUACCAGCAUGACUGGGAGGGAGCAGUGUCCCACCUCAACACGCUGCUGAUCGCCCGGGGCAGCCCCGGCUAUGCCGGGCCCAAGUUCAGCGAGCCGCCCUCGCCCAGCGUGCUCCCCAAGCCGCCGAGCCACUGGGUGGCCUUCCCAAUGAGUGCCGGCGAGAGCAGGGAGAUGAUGACCUUCCAGCUCAAGAGCCUCUUAAAGGUGCCGGCCUGACGGGGCAAAUGGCUGUAGUACACUUUUUAAAGAGCUUUUUUUUUUUUUUACAAAAAAAAAAACAACCAAAUCACAUAUUACAACUCUCUUGCCUUGCUGGCGACGACUAAGUGGACCCCCCCCCCUUUUUUUUUUGCGGUUUUUGUUCUUUUUAUUUUGGCUAUCAAAGCAGAUUGUGUGCACUUAUUUUUCCAUGUUAAUUCCUGUCCACCUCUGUGGACAUAUACAGCCAUUUUUCAUUUUGAUACUCAAUAACGAGUUGCCGGCACGCGGUCCAAUCUCCCUUUUUUUAUGUAGCACAUUUCAGAACGAGAGCCGCUCCAGUGUUCUCGCUUUCAAACAGUGGGACACUCGACUGCGAUUCUGCUGGAAAUCAUGUGUACAUUGUUGUUAAUGCCGUUUGAUGGAAAGUUGAUAUCGUGGCACGCAGGCCUUAGGCAGUCGACUCCUGUGUAUCCUUCCUUAUUUUAAUUUUUUUUAAAUCGCGCUGUGCGCACAUGCACUACAGAAGGCGGCUGCUGUAAGGCCUGGCUGGCACUCAUGUUCACGCUGCCUCUCAAAGACAAAGUUUUUCCUCUGUUGCUCUUGUUGGUGUCCUCCUUUUUUGGAGGGGGCAUCCCAAAGGGGGCGGCGCCCACUUGAAUCAAAUGUUAGACGGGACAGACGUUCAGUUAGUGUGACAGUGUCAAUGUCCCUCGUGAAGGGCAAAAUGGCGGACAAAUCGCGGCGUUUGCAUUUGUCGGGUGUCCAACUGGUUUUGUUGUGCUUUGGCUGUGCCGUGCGUCAACCAAAGCUGUUACCCCUUCCCCACCCCGAUGUUCCCCCGACUCGGUCUCAUCUUGCAAGGCCCACUUGUGCCGCUAAGGCACGCGGAAGAGGACCCAUUUAUUGGGUCCUGUCUGCGGCACCGUUUGGCAUUGGAAGAGAGAAGACCGCGGCGCCAUUUCGUGACGUUACGUGAGCGGUGUGCGUUGUUUACGUUCCAUCAUGAGUUAAUGAGCCCAUUUUGCACUGCACUUGCUCCAGAUAUGUCAUCGUUACAGGCUGCGUGCGAUGUUGUUGAAUCAGACGCGCAAUUGACUAUCUUGUUUUUCUUUCUCUUCGUGAGCUGUUUUUUUUUUUUUUUUUUUUUUGAUUUGUUGUUGCUUUCCCCCGUGCAGAACUGAAUCUGCUUCAUAGCCAGACUAGAGACGACAAAACCUCAUUUGUUGAUCAUGUCUUUCAGGAGCCAUGUAAAUACGACUCAUGACAACAUGUAUAAAAUUCUUGUAGCAUAUUAUACAGUUGCAAGCCAAGGGUUUGGAGGAGGCUUGCGGAUGAAAAGUAUUUUUAGUACUCAUGAUAACACUGAAUGUACGAGGCGCAUAUGCCGUCUCAACUUUGCCGAUGCUGAAGAAUAUUUUUGUUAAGAAAAAAAGAAAACCAUGCAUUUACCAGUACGAGGGAGCCCUGCACUGAAGUCUUUCCAGAGAUCUUGCACACGUUUUGUUUAAAAAAUUUUGUACGAUGCAGUGUAGGGUGAAAGAGAAGAGUUGAUCAUUGGAACUGGGGAGAUUUGCUCAUGCAUGACAUUCACCUGGAUCAAUUUGGAACUGUGUUCAAGCCCCUUUCGAAAAACAAUUUGAAUCUUGUCCUAUUUUUUUUUCAGAAGCAACCACAACUCUCAGCUGUUCUUCCGCCAACUGAUUUUUUUUUUAACAAUCGAUUACUAUGGUUAUCCAGUUAAGUCACGCGUUGCAGUCUCCCCAUGCUAAAUUAGAAGUCGUCUUGUCAUUAAUUGGAUUUGAAUUUGUCCCAAGCGAUUAUGUCAUUGUAUGUGGAAAGACGAAAAUGCCGUUUAAAAUUGGUAACAAUUGGCUUGAAGAAUCCGAGAAAAAAAAAACCCUCUUGAUUUGAUGAGUUAAAUUUGACAA